UUGGGGGGAGUGACCAGUGAGGUACAAACAGUUUAAACUCUGAAGCUCAGCUGUGCCUUGGUGCUUCCCUCUGUUAAAGAAGGGUUUGGGGGAACUGGAGCUGGUAGCACUGAGGACAUAUGAGCCGCCACUCUUCUCUUAGGAAACGCAACCAACACCUUGCAUCACGGAGGCCCAGCAUGAAUAUUAACUGUGCUGGUGGGAAGAGAAAUCCAGAGUCCGCUUGCACUGUAGAAAAUGGAACUGUAGCAUUGCAUGAGACAGAAGAAGGUAAUGUGGUGCUCGGAGGUCACAGCCCCUCUGCAGGCCUCAGGAACGAGGGUUUAGAUUCUGACUACAGACACACUGCUUGCCCUGCCAGCCCCCAGUUCAGCAACAUGUUACCUGCUUCUGAAGACACACACAGUUGUCAUUUCACCCAGGAGCGCCACGCUUUGUCUUCAAGCAUCAAUUCUCAGACAGUGGCUCCAGAGAAAGUGACACUUGUGGUAGAUGGCACUCGAUUUGCAGUGAAUCCACAGAUUUUCACUGCUCACCCUGAUACUAUGCUGGGAAGAAUGUUUGGACCAGGAAGAGAAUAUAAUUUCACCAGGCCAAAUGAAAAGGGAGAAUAUGAAAUUGCAGAAGGAAUUAGCUCAGCUGUGUUCCGGACUGUGCUGGAUUACUACAAGACUGGAAUAAUCAACUGUCCUGAUGGGAUUUCCAUCCCAGACCUUCGAGACACCUGUGAUUACCUCUGCAUCAACUUUGACUUCAACACAAUCAAAUGUCAAGAUUUAAGUGCUCUUUUACAUGAGCUCUCCAAUGAUGGUGCUCACAAGCAGUUUGACAGCUACCUGGAGGAAUUAAUUCUGCCUAUAAUGGUGGAUAGUGCCCGGAAAGGGGAGCGUGAAUGUCAUAUUGUGGUGCUGACAGAUGAGGACACCGUGGACUGGGAUGAAGAUCACCCUCCUCCAAUGGGCGAGGAGUACUCCCAAAUCCUUUACAGUUCCAAGCUGUACAGAUUCUUCAAGUACAUUGAGAACCGUGAUGUUGCAAAAGCUGUGCUAAAGGAGAGGGGCCUGAAGAAUAUUCGCAUUGGCAUUGAAGGAUAUCCCACCUGUAAAGAGAAAGUGAAGAGGAGGCCGGGUGGUCGUUCAGAAGUGAUCUACAACUACGUUCAGCGGCCCUUCAUUCAGAUGUCCUGGGAAAAGGAGGAGGGGAAGAGCCGUCAUGUUGACUUCCAGUGCGUCCGGAGCAAAUCUCUAACAAACCUGGUCACUGUGGGUGAUGACGUUUCAGAGGACCAUGAGGUUAUAAUGCAUCACCCCCCACAGGUAGAUGAACUGGAUAGGCUAAAUGCGCCCUUCUCCCAAAUGGCUGUUAAUGAUCUACCAGAUUAAUCGUGGCUCCGGCUUGAUGUGGGAACAUCUCAGCAUACUUUCAUCCUAGUAAUGGAACACAGACUCCUUGCAAGGUGCUUUACCCUCGUUCAUCCUCUUACUAUGUUGUCAUAUUUCAAGCAUGUUAAUAAAGAGCCACACUCCCUAGCCUAAUUGUGCAAUCAAAAGCAACAUCUCAGACAAAAAGAAAGUGUUGCUUGUUUCCACUACAAAGGCUUCCAGACUGAUGGGUGCUGAAUAUUUUACCUAAACUUCUGAAAGAAGAGCAGAAGUAUUUAGAAAUGACAUGAGAGAGGAAAUUGCGGGCCUGUCAAGACAAAGCUCCUAUUUACCAUUAGACACUUAGGUUUGCUUUUGUGAUAACCUGCACCAGGCAUCAAAGCGAGACAGGUGAUGCUCUUUCAUCAGCCAGCAGAAAUGUAGCACGGUGGUGGCAGUGGAACACUGAGAGUGGGGAGAUGACAGCAGAGCGCUGUGUGAGGGAUUGUGUUUAUGCUGCCACCUGGCUUUGCAUCCAGUGUGUACAACUCACUUACUGUACUGUGCAAGGCCAGCUUGGAAGGGGCAGCCUGAUGUGGGCUGGAACUGGAUGGGCUCUAAGGUCUUUUCCAACCCAAGUCCUUCUGUGAUAAUAGGAAGUAUGAGACUCUUCCCAGGAGCUCCCUGUAUAUACUUCUGCAUAAGAUGAAAUGACUGUUUAGAGAGAUUGUGCUCAUUAAGAUGAGCAGAUUGUGCUGGAGGAGAAAGCCAGAAAGAAGACUAGUUGAUUUUUAGCAGCACAGUCAGUCUGUUCAGUAGCAUAGAAGAUGUAAGAAGCUUUCUAAAGGUGGCUGUGCAUGUUAUUUUUCUCCUCAUCCUUUCUAAGAAAAUAAAAAAGUGCUGGAGCUGAGCAAAAUCACUGUUUGCAUCAACCUUCAUCAGUGAAGAUCUCCAUAGACUGUCCAAGGAGCUUCCCACUCCCGGGACCUGUUUCAGCUUCUGAAGGCCAGUUACUUCCCUUCCAGUUUGGAACUGGUUGGACUCUGUCACAGUCAGGCUUAUAAGAGACAUCAAUAAGAAAUGAAACUCCAGCAGGAAGAAAAUGCAUGUGCCUGGGAACAUUUGCCCUCUGCUGCUCUAAGUACAGUGUUGUGUAUUUAAGAGUCUGUUCAUUUUGGAUUUAGGGCUGUGACUGUAGGUGUAAACACACUCUGGGCUGCUGAAUUCACUUGUGUUGGAGUGUAGCUGUCCUGUUCCUGCUGUAUGCAGUUCCCUACAGGCUGCUUAACCCACUGAUGAACAUACAGUGCAUUCAGUGCAGCCAGAGCCAAGAAGGCAGGUGAGCAAUCACUGCCUUACACAGCCAGCAUUUCUGAGGGCCACAGAGAGACCAAAGCAACGCUGUAACUAACUUUAACAUUGUGCUGGUACAAAGAAAAGCUGAAACAGACUCAAAAAGCAUGAGAGGAAAACAGCUCCUGUAAGUUCAGGUCAGUUCUGCUCUUGUAAUUGACUGCUGUUGAAACUUGUGCUGCUUGGUAUGUAAGUUACUUAUACCAUACUUAAAGUAGAGGUAGGUGUUAGUCUGCCCCUAAGAGCUUUAAUCCUUUUAUCGUCAGGGUUGCAUCCAGCAAAUUCUCAUUCUUUUCUACCUGUCUGCAGCCUGUAAGGUAGGCUUGGUAUUGAAGUUUGCUGUUACUGUUUUGCUGCUAUGGGUGUAUUGUUUUUAUUUCCUGUGAAUGCCUUUCUGGUUAAGAGUAACACCAACAUCUCUGCCAACGCUGUACGUGCUGAUGCGUUUCGUUCCCAUUGGUAUGGAUACGGGUUCUGUUAGUGGCAGUGUUUCUUCUUUCUAAGUGCAGCAAAUCUCUCUUCUUUUAUAAGUGCCUAUGGGAAGAUUUCCAGGAGUGCUCCAGGCCCUCCUUAAAGGGUUCAGGUCUAUCCACCUGGCUUCUGCAAAGUCCUUUCCCCUUUCCCUGUUAGUGGAUCAGCAGAGAGAAGUGUCCUUCAGUGUCUGCACAGAGGCAGAGUCAGUCGUGUGCAAUCACUUUCCAUUAUUCUAGAUGAGUUUCUAUUCUUGUAUUAGAGAACAAAGGUUAUGGCACAUUGAUCUUCCAGCAGAGGGCCAGGCCCAUUACCUGCCUAAGGACUGAGCAGCUCCCAGAGUCAAGCAAUGGUGAGGCUGCCCUUGGCAAUGAUGGAGCUUGGCUCCAGGCCCUAUGGAUUUUUGGUGUCUGUAUUUAUUUUUACAGCAGUGUAAGUAUGAAGCAAACCUGUGUUGAUGCUGAGUUGGGAUUGGGGUUUACACAGGCACGUGGGUCAAGCAGGCCCUCAUUUAAGGGCUCAGAACGUCACUGCCUUGUUAACUUUCUGGUGCUGUGUAACCAAUGGGACCCUCAGCACAGGAUGAUGGGCCUGGCUUCCAUGUUGUACCUGCCCUAUUUUGCAGACACUGAAACAACACUCUACUUUAGUGGCUCUCUCAAGCAGCUGGAGAUGCAUUUGGGAUUUCUGUUUAGUAGAGUGAGUUCUGUUGGAACCCUACAUCACGUUGAACAAAUACGCAUUUGCUUCUUCCCCUUUUUACAGUUGCCCACCAUUCAGGGUAGAAGUGCUUGGUCUUAUUCUAGGUAUACUGAAGUGUUGACUGUGGUGUCCAUGAACUACUGCAGCUGUAUGGUUUCUUUUAUGUAUUAAAGCAUAAAUUAUGUG